GGGUUUACUGUGUUAGGUAUUAGGAUGUAUCAUAAUAAUGUAAUAUAAAUUUUAAGGUGUCUAUAUUUUUAAAAAAGCAUUUUAAAAUCCCGCCUUUAACGCCAUCAUUAUUAUGCGCGCCUGAUAAAAUGGCAGCUUCCUUUGCCGGGCCUGACAGCCGUUUUGUGUACAUUUCCGAUUUCAUUUUCGUUUGUUUGCAGACACCAGCAUCAGAUUGUAUAUACAAAGGUUGAAAAAAACUGAAAUUCUUUUCUCACUGGACUGAAGAUUGAACACAAUGGAAGUAGGUCACAAAGAGGUGAGCAGUCUGACCAACCAGGUCAAGCUGACCCUGAUGAGGGCGUGGCGUGAGAGGUGGUCGGAGGUCAAAUGGGGAGUUCAUCUGAAACGUAUCGUCGCAGGACAUACUGGAGAAACAUGCGAUUUGUCAGAGAUUUUACUACAGCAAGCAUUGGUUGGAAGCAGUCCAAACACACUGGUUCUGUCCUAUCUAAAACAUGCCGUGCUUUCACAGGUGAUACCCUACAGCUCAGUGUUCAAACACAUCUCCAAGUUUGAGCAACUCACUCGACCCUACUGUGUGCUGGCUCUUGUUGAUCUGGCUGAAGUGUUCGCAACAAAAAUAAGUUUUACAUACAGCCCAGACAGUGCUCUCCAGCUAAGCAAAUCUCUGCUGUUACUGCUGCACUGGUUGCUAUUGACAACCCUGCGGUGUCUGCAGAAGGUGCAGGAAGGCAAACAGAGCCAGGAGUACUUGGCGAUCAUUGAAAACUCGAGUACCGCGGUUUUAAGAAUGCUGGAACAGCAGACUGUGUGCGCCUUGUUACAGAUCUCACGCUCUGAAGUCGUUGAUGUGUACCGUGAGUUUGAGCAGACUGAACUGAACGUGCGCGGUACACUGAGUCAGCUGCCACAGAAUUCUCUACCAGGCUCGGUACGCGAGAAAGUGUCGCUCACUCUCACCAGUUUGUCUCAAUUACAAGAAUCUCAGUUGUCGAACACUCCGAUACUACAAGUUCCUCACCUUCCCAUUUGUCCAACUAUCAAUGGGCUUGUGGCACUGGAGGUAGUGCUGAAUCCAACCAAUGAAAUGCAGCCAUUUGUCGACCAAGUCUUGGUCAUCACUAGACUACUGAAACUGAGUUGGCCUCAGCUGUACCAGGAAAUGUUCCGUGCGUGUUUCAUGGGUUUGGUCGACUCGACAGACUCUCAAGAGGAACUCAAGUGGGCAGCAUUCACCUUUCUUAAGAUGCCUCACAUCCUGACUAAGAUGCAGCAGCUGAGUAUCGGUGCGGACUUCCGUGUCGAGCUGGAGCGAGGAUUCGAUCUCUUCCUCAACUACAUCCACCUCCUCGACCUGACAGACAUCAAACAGAAGUAUGACUGUGUUGGCGAGUUACUCAAACAGUGCGUGCGGUUUGAGCUGCUGGCUGAGACUCAAAAAGAUCACUUGCUUCAAAGACGAAACGCGGAGAAAGAGAACCCGCGUCUGCCCGAGACGAGUUCAAGCAGCAGCACAACGUCGCUGAUAAUGCGAGCUGAAAUGACGGUAACGUCAAUACUGAAGGUAGAGACACUCGAUGCAGACUAUCAGAAGAACCAGGAUCCACUGGUUGGAAUUCUAAACCACAUGCUGUCGGGUCGCAGUUUCGAAAUCAUCCUCGCGGCAGGAGCAUCCAUGGGCGAGCUGCAGAACUUCGCUCUGAAGUUGAUAAAAAUUAACGAGUUUGCUCGACAGGCUUGCGGUGAGGGUGGGAAGGCCGCCCAGAUCCGAGCCCAGCUCUUCGAUGUGACUUUCCUGAUGCUAUGUCACAUCAUACAGCUGUAUGGGAUUGAGAUUGUGUCGUCGUUGAAGGAGACGACCGACUCGUUCAUCGUGCAGUGGGCCCACCGCUGGCUGCCGGAGGACGGCAAGUACAAGAACAUUGAGAACUGUCUGCCCAACGACCCCACGAAGGUAGACAGUCUGCUGAACCAGUUCUCGUCGGGAGGCGAACUCAGAACCAAUUUGACACGAUGGCAUGAUGUUUGUCUCAACACACCGUUUGCAAUUCAAGAAGUUCUGUUUGCCUGGGAACAUGAAGCCAUUAACAUUGACAAUGUUAAAAUGUUCCUGGACAACGUGAAGAGUCUGAUGUGCUGUCUGUCCGUGGUGGUGUGUGUGUGGCUGUGUAGUUACAUGAACACCGUCGUCGAGAAGGCACGGGUCAAACCGCUCGCCAUGUUGGAACACCUGACCAGCAAGUUCAAGUCGGACCCCACGGUGCAGGCAGACAGUCGCACCCACUUGAUGACGAUUGUGAUAGAUCGGAUAAUCAACGACAUCCUGCCGGUGAACAACCCGCAGCAUUCCACAGUGAACGUGUACAUCCCGGCGAAGUCGCUGCCGAGCCAAGUCCUCGAGAAGACUCUGACGCAGAUCUUCAACAAGGGCUGGAUCGACCUGCACUCGCUACACACCGUCGAGCAGCUGCUCAGUCUGUGUGGAUCAGACUGGUUCUGUGAGAGAGUCGUCGUGCAAAUGCUCCAGACGAACGACAACGAGUCGCUGUGUCAGGCGCUGAGCCUGGUGUUCGCGAUGUUCCACAUGGACCUGGAGCACCUUACCCAGGCGCUGCUCCUGCACACUGUCCCCCGCAUCCUCCACGCCCGGUCCAGGCAGUACAUGCUGACCAACCCCCGCGGCUACACGCUCGCCAAGCUGUGUGUCCUGUGUAUCACGGCCGCACAGGUCGCAAAGACUGGACACAAAGAACCAUUCAUCCGAAGAGGUCGGAAAAGGUCCAGAAAGGAGGUGGAACUGGAGGAGCAAGAUGAAGCAGAUCUCCGGCCGACCAAAGUGCGGAAAGUCAACGAACCACAACUCACACUUCACUCAGAGGGAUACAACUUUGAGGACAUUGCUGUGAAGGAGGAUGGGGAAGCCUCGCCAUCACUUGACACGAAGGAGCCUGUCAACAAAGCACUCGCGAAUCUCUUCCAUCUGAUGAACGCCAUCAUCCAUCAUCGCAGUCUGACGCCACGAACUGGCUUUGUUAUUUCAUUCGUCGAAGAAGCCGUCAAAUGUGGAGUCCAGUAUUCUCGACACAUUCUCCAGUUCAUGCCACAUGAUAUGUUACUACAGAUACAGAAGACAAUGCCUGGAGUAUAUAGCAAUGCUCAGAUUCUGCAGAUCUGUGACGUCACCACGCUCUCUGGACGCAACAUCGCAGCCAAGGCUGUGUGCCACAAUUCUAAGGCUGCAAAACGAUGAGCGAUCCACACAAGAACCUAGUCAUGUACACUUCUUUGACAGACAGCCGAUCAUCCAGACAGUGUGUGGUGUUGUGAGAUGUGCAAGAUAUCCAGACAAUCGUGGCAUUCAGAUAUGAUGAACCUGGCUUUUGGAUAAAAGUUUCUAGUUCAAUCAACUGGUAGUAAGGUGCAAGAAAACCGUGCUAGAAAAAAUGUUUAGCACAGGUUCUUAGCUGGUAAUAUGCUAGUUUUGUUAAUUGGUCUCUUUGUUUUAAAGGUAGACGACCAUUGCUACCCAUUGAUUACAUCAUUCUGUAAGCAAGGAAGUAAAUGACGUCACGUAAUAUGUAACACUGCACACAUUCCUUGGUGUGAUAUAUAUCAGCUGAGAGGAGUGAUGUCAUGGUACAAGUAUAAAAUGGAAUUAAUUUUUUCAAAGUUAUACUAAAAUUAUAAGACUUGGAACUAGAAAAUAUUAUUUUGUAAUUUUUCAGACAAGUCGAGAGUUUCUAGAGUCUCAUGUCAGAAGAACCAUCUACAAAAUAACCUGUGCUAGAAACUAUUAAUUCAUGCAGACAAAUGUAUGGUGUCCCAUGGUCCUUUAACAGAUGGAUGAGCAUCCAGAGAUGUACUUUAACAGAUGGAUGAGCAUCCAGAGAUGUCCUUUAACAGAUGGAUGAGCAUCCAGACAUAUCUAUUCUUGUUAGAUAUACACAGCAACAGAAUGAAUGUUAUCAGUUUACACUUACGCAGAUUGCUUCAUGCACGUCUUUGAAGCACUGAUCUCCAUAUAUAGAACUACUGAGGGAAAAAGAACAUUUAUUGCAACAGAAAGUUAAACUAAACUUAGGCAGACAUGAGUGGAAUAUUGCUCAGGUGUUCCACAUUCCAUGUGGUUCGUGGUCUGCUUGUUCACACCUGCUUGUAUAAUAAGUAAUUUUUAUUUUCAUGUGUAAUAAAAGCUGGUAUCUGUUACAAUUUUCAUGUUUUUAAAAAAAAUGGUUUAUGCUGUCAACACUGUAAUAGAUCAUCUUUACAGUCUAGGAGCCAAUUUCACAAAACAUUUUAGUGUACAUGUUUGGUUAGCUGUUUAACAUCUGUAGUAUGUUGAUAUAUUUUGGUAUUUUGGAAUCUAAAAUAUUACGCCAUUACAAAAGACAGAUUAUGGUAUAGACAAAAGAAAGUAAUUUAUAUGUAAAUUUGUAUUAUUUGUACUUGAGAUUAUUUUCCAUUCAAAGAUUUGUUUACACCUGCAAAACUGGAUUUACUCAGGAACCUAAUUCACUAAACUCACGCAACUUUGCGUCUUACAGUCCAAUGGCAGUGUGUUGCAAGAUAUGCAGGGACAAUGCGGUGUUGUUUAAGAGAGAUUUUGUGUCCUAACCAGGACCAUACAACUGGUAUUUACUGUCCUGCCUAUGGGAAGAGUUCUUGCUGCUUUAUGGGUAGGAUUUGUCUCAGUUCAGGUGUCAUUAAACACAUUCCUAUCACCAACAAGCAACCUUCAACCUAUCCUGGAAAAAAAUAAUUCACUACAGAGAAUGUGUCCAUGGAAGCUUGUUUGAACCUUUUCUGUAUACAUGACUACAUGAUAUAUUGACACUAUUGUUCUUACAUAGCCAAGCAUAUAAAUAUUAGCCUAAUGUGCAGCAAUUAAACCAGAAAAACAAUGUUCACCUUUCUACAUCAAAACCCCCCAGCCCUUAUUAGACAACUACUACCUAAAAUAUUACUUUUCAAAAAGGGAAGCAACUCUUGUGAAACUUGGGGUAUACGGGUAACAAAUUCGAUGAUGAAUCAACCACUUGAGCUGAUCACCUUUUUGACAUUGCAUAAUGUAAUAGUUGCACCAAAAAUGUCCCAUAACCAUCAUGUCAGUGCUCCUGAUAUCUAACGACGACACAGACUGCUAUUGCCAUCAGUCAUCAAGAUCUAAAUUGCCGUAGGAUGGGAGCAUCACAGAUGGCACUUUGCUGUCGCUGGUUAAAAUUUUCUGCCAUCUGUAAAGCUCCUCAACGCUGACAAACUGAAUAUACCUUCUGUAUCUGUCAAUAUUUAUCAUUUGUGCUUUUAAAAUAGGUCUACAUAAUCUGAAUUUGAAAAAACUUUGCCUACUGCUGACUCGAAAUUGCAUCGAUGGGCCAUUUCACCCAUGGCAAUGUUUUUGAAAUAUUGCUGUAGGCAACAAAUUCUUACGUUAAGAGCCCUACAUCCAGUGUAAAGCCAUCUGACAAGAAAAACACUCUUUACUGAUGGAAUCAUUUAUUGUGCAGAAUAAGCUAUGAACAAAGUGCACAUUUUACUACUUACAUUUCAUAUACACCAAGCCACAAUUGAGAGUGAAUUUCUAUUAGAAGCGUUUAGCACACAUGAUUUCAUUGAUUAGACUAUGUUGAAACUACAACAGUUAUAUGGUAUAUUAAAAAUGGUUGACUAGUCAUUAAAACCUGCGUACUUAGGGAUGGACAUUUUAAUGUUCACUACACAUUGUUAAAGCAAAAGCUUCUUUGUUAAGUCAAAUACUAUUUAAUCAAGCCAGAAAAGAAAAAUUCAUUUAUUUAAGGCUGCAAUGAAAAAGUUCAACUGACAGCUAAAAAUUAUAGAAAUAUAAAACAGUCUAUGUUACAAACUGGAAAAUGUUUGUGCACUAGCGUUAAGCAUUUUUAAAUACAAUAGUAAGAUACCACAACCAGACUGAGCCAUAACUGGCCACACUACAUGCAUAUAAAAGUAUCUUUUCCUUCAACACUAUAUACAAUGGCAAGGAAACAAACACAAGUCUACACAAAAUAAAUUAAAUUACACUGUUCAUACAUGUGAAAUACAAUUGAUGGAAAUAGUGAAAUAAUUAAAUACCAUAUGAUUGAUAAAUACAGGAUAAUGAAAGACUUGUUAAAAUCCCAGUCAACAUUGGUCAUGGAAGCUGUCUGCUAACUUGCUUGCUAAGAUGAAAUCUCGAAAAUACUGAACAAAACUCACCUUUUGUAGUAACUUUUUGAAAGAUUAUAGCUUCAGUUCCUUUUUUAAGGAUGACAAAAAGAAAGAAAAAAAGUCGCUGGAGACCGAGUCCAAUUUUGUUAACGGAAACAUGUUUAUAUACUACUGUCUGCUGCACUAGCUCAGUCCAGUACACUGUUUUACUGAGUUGGCUGAAAUUUCAAGAAAACAUAAAGACAAUGACAUCUCAAUUAUUAGCUCUUUAUGAAUAUGUCCACACAGACCCUACGUUGAACAAGGAUCUCUCAAACAUUAAGGGUUGUUCUAAAAUUUAUCACAUGGAAGGGGAGAGAGGUAUGCACAAUUAUUUUAUUAAAGUCCUAGAUCAAUAAAACUUGGUUUAGAGUUGCAGCUAUAAAUGUGCAUGAUUGUGCAUUUAAAAAAAAAAAAUUACAUUAAAAUUGUUUUUAUUAA